AUGAACAAGGGUACUCUUUCACUAUUGUUCCUUAUCUUAUUGAUCCAACUACAUCUAAGCAAAACAAUUUCAUUGAAGAUAGGAGGCUGUAGCUCAGAGGAUUGUCUGAUCAACGAUGAUUUGGAAUCGGAAUUCUUGAUGAGUUCUCAUGUGGCAAGGAUGCUUUUGGAUCAGAGUCAAACUCAAACAGGUAGAACAGCUAACAACAAUGGUGCGGCUGUUAAGUGUGGAACUAUUAAAGCCUAUCGUACUUGCUUGCCCUCUCAAAAUGGUGGCGGGCCUAACAAUAGAUGCGGUACUUAUAAUAGAGUUUGUUAA